AUGAUUGGUAUAAAGCCGAAAUGGUUAUUAAAUAGUAGAAUGGCUAUAUCACCAAUGGUAGAUGUAACUGAUCAUCCCUUUCGUCAAUUGGUAUCACUUUAUUCUAAAUCAAAAGAUCAAUCAUCAUCGAAAUCAUCAUUUAUAACAUGGACAGAAUUUGUAUCGGUAGACGGUUUAUUGGCUAAUCCAAAUCGUUUCAAAUCUCUAUUGGAUUACUCAGAGAUACAGAGACCGAUUGUUUGUCAAUUGUUUGGUAGUGAUCCUGACAAGUUCAAUCGUGCAACCAAGAUCGUCGCGGACCUGGGAUUCGACGGUGUCGACAUCAAUAUGGGAUGUCCCGUUAGAAAAGUAGUAGAAAGACAAUCGAGUGGAUCGGCAUUGAUCGUUGACAAACCGACUGCAGUAUCUAUCAUCAAUGCUACAAAACAGGCGGUUGCCGGCACCGACAUGUCGGUGUCAGUCAAGACACGAAUAGGAUUCGAUGAAAUCGAAAUCGAACAAUGGAUACCGACUUUACUACAAACGAAUCCUGAUCUCCUAACACUACAUCUUCGUACCAAGAAAGAGCUAUCUAAUUGUCCUGCACAUUGGGAGAAUGAAGUAAUGGGUAGAGUAACAGAGUUAUUGAAACAACAUAGAGAUGAACAUCAACAACAAAAAAGUAAUAAUAAUAACAAUAACAAGACAACGACAACAAGAUUAUUUGGAAAUGGUGAUAUUGAAUCCAGAUUACAAAUAGAUGAAAUGUUUCGACGAUAUUCAUUGUUGGAUGGUAUAAUGGUUGGUAGAGGUAUCUAUGGUAAACCUUGGUUCUUUAGCGACGAGAAUCAACAUGACGAUGGAAUAGAUUUAAAGUGUAGACUUGUUGCUUUGGUCGAGCAUGCAUUACUCAUUGAACAACAUAAAGAAAAGUACGAUCUACAACACAAUCUAUCUAGUUUGAAUCUACAUUUAAAGUCAUAUACACAGCCACUGUGUCAUCUUGGUGAAAUUAUAAUAAGAUAA